UCCUGUCUCGGCGUUGAUCUCCAAAGCUAUAAGGGACCCCGGCUGCAGAACAAAAUGUUUGUCCAGACUCCAGCCUCUGCUCACACUUCGAAGCUACUAUGGCGGACGCGCAAAAGGAAUCGUGGCGCGCCCACUGGCACCUCUUCUUUGCUUGUGGGAUCAUGAUCCUGAGUCCUUUCCAGUAUGGCAUCGACUUCGGCAUGAUUGGCGGCCUGCAGGCCAUGGUUGGUUUCCUCAAGGUUUAUGGCUACCAAACUCCUAAAUCUCCGACCGGGUGGAAUAUUCAGACUGAACGCCAGCAACUCAUUUCGUCCCUCAUGACCUUGGGCGCAUUUCUGAGCGCCGGCACCGCGGGCCUUGCUGCGAACAAAUUCGGCCGUCGAGCUUGCCUGCUGCUUGCGUGCAUCACCUGCUGCGUCGCUAACAUUAUUAUGAUGACCACCACCCAUAUCGGUGCCCUGUACGUCGGCCGUCUGGUCAUCGGCUUGGCCAACGGGUACUUCAUGACCUUCUCGCAGCUCUACAUCCAGGAGAGCAGUAUCGCGAGAUGGCGCGGUCUGUUUCUCACCGGUUUCCAAUUCUUUACCUCCUUCGGUACUUUGAUCGGCACCAUCGUGGAUUGGGCCACAGCCAAGCGCCCUGAUAAGUCCUCGUACCUCAUCCCUCUCGGACUGAUCUACGUCGUUCCCUUCUUCCUCGCGGUUGGCAUGAUCUUCAUCCCAGAGUCGCCGCGAUGGCUCAUUCUCCAGGGACGAUAUGAGGAGGGGAAGAAGUCGCUGAAAUGGCUGAGGCCCGAGGGAUUUGACGUAGACGCCGAGGCCAGCGAGAUCCACGCCGCUAUUGAGAGGGAGAAGGAGAUGAGCUCCGGUGUAGGCUGGGUGGACAUGGUCAAGAACCCAAUCGAUCGACGGCGAACAUUCCUCGCCGUGUCGGCGGUGACUCUCCAGGCUGCUUCGGGCUCCAUGUUCAUCAUCGCUUACAAGGCCUAUUUCCUCACCAUGGCCAAGGUAUCGGACCCCUUCGCCAUGAGCAACGUCCUGAGCUGCAUCGGCAUCCUCGCCAUCAUCGCCAACUCCCUCAUCAUCGUCAAGUUCGGCCGACGCCGCGUGCUCCUCAUGACCGGCCUCCUCCUCUGCGGCUUCCUGCAGCUCAUCAUCGCCAUCGUCUACACGAAGCAGCCCGGCACCAAGAGCACCGGCACCGUCAUCGUCGCGCUGUCCUGCAUCUACAUGUUCAGCUACAACGGCAUGAUCUCCACAUACGCCUGGCUCGCCGGCGGCGAGAUCCCGACCCAGCGUCUGCGCUCGCACACCUUCGGCCUCGCCGCCGCCUGCGGCUUCGCCUUCGCCUGGCUCACCACCUUCACCGCCCCAUACUUCAUCAACCCCGCCGCGCUCAACUGGGGCCCCCGCUACGGCUACAUCUGGAUGCCGUCCUGCUGCAUCGCCGCCGCCUGGGUGUGGUUCUUCCUGCCCGAGGUCAAGAACCGCACGCUGGAGGAGAUCGACGAGAUGUUCGAGGCGCGCCUGCCGGCGCGCAAGUUUAGGGGGUAUAAGUGUGUCGGCGUCGCGAGUCUCGAUGCGCAUUCGCGGAAGAGCAUCGAGAAGGAGCAGGAUCUUGAGGUGUUGAGGAAUGAGAAGGUGGAGGCGGAGAUUGUUGCUACGAAGGAGUAGGCGGGUGGUUGUACGGCAUGCGCAGUUUUGUUGAUUAGCAUAGUAGGAUGUAUGGGCCAUUGAAGUUGGAGCGUCGAGUGAGCGAUUCAGUCGCCAUCUUUGCGUGUCAAUAUGAAUGUGCCCCAGAUUGCUUGCUGAGGUCAUCCCGCCCUGAAGCAUGACAUUGUAGAAAGACACCCCAAUUCCGAGCUGCGAAUCGACGUUACUAGCUCCGCAAAUCACACUCACGAGCUAGAAGGACCCAUCCAGGUCAACGCAUAUCCCUCCGCGCCUCUCCAGAUGGCUUCCUCGACUGUUAGAUGCGAUACGCGCUUGGCUUUCUCCGUCGAUGUCAACUAUCUCGACGACAAGUGCAUGCAGACUGGCGUCUCACUCAACUAGAAGAGGCACACGCUGCAAACGACGACCGCGGUACUCCUUGUCCACAGCAGACUA